CAGCGCGCGGGCGCCCUCACGCAGCCGCCGGCACGGGUACCCUCCGCCCGGGCGCGCGCACGCCGCCGUCCUCGUCGUUGUAAAGGCGGCCGCUCUGACUGGCCCUGGGGGCGGGGCUGUAGGGGAAAGUGCCAAAUCCGCUGAGUGAAGUGAGAAUUCUGCUAGAGAGGAAAUGGCUGCCUCUUCAUCAUCCUCCUCAGCUGGUGGGGUCAGUGGAAGUUCUGUCACUGGAUCUGGUUUCAGUGUCUCAGACCUUGCCCCACCACGGAAAGCCCUUUUCACCUACCCCAAAGGAGCUGGAGAGAUGUUAGAAGAUGGCUCAGAGAGAUUCCUCUGUGAAUCCGUUUUCAGUUAUCAAGUGGCAUCUACACUUAAACAGGUGAAACAUGAUCAGCAAGUUGCUCGGAUGGAAAAAUUAGCUGGUUUGGUAGAAGAGCUGGAGGCAGAUGAGUGGCGGUUUAAACCCAUCGAGCAGCUGCUGGGGUUCACACCCUCUUCGGGUUGACCUUGCCGGGAUGAUCAGCUCUGGUGCACAGCAAGUGCAGGGCCAGCGAGGGACUUUGCUUGCAGCAUAUGCAGCCAUCCAGAGAUUCACAGCUCCAUUGCUGAAUUGUUAAUUCACAUCCAUACUUGGUUUCUCUGUUUCUGUCCACAAGCAACAAAUACUUAAAUGUAUGAUCUUGCAGGGAAAUUUUUUGUUUAUUUGUUUAAAAAAGUAUUGAGAAUCAGAUUAAGACAAUCGGCAUCAGAGAACCGGAGGUUUAAGUUUAAGAAAUAUAUAUAAAAUUUUACAGGCCAAGUAGGACACAUACCGGAAUUGGCGCACUGAAUGACAGGAGAGACGUCUCUCCUGUCAUACGUCUCUCCUGUCAUUUCAUGCAGUGCCUGGAAUCCUCACCAGUCAAAUCUAAGAUCAAGAUCGGGAGUAAAAAACAGUGUUUCUGACCUAAAACAGUUCUUCAUGCAGAUGAAUGUGAUUUCAACUCAGGACCUGUCCAAAUGAGGAAUUUUAAAAUGUUCGGGUUUUUUUCUAUUUUUAGACAUCUAAUUCUAUAGAUUCUAACUUUUUCUAACCUCUUCUAGACAUGCCAAAUACUGGCGAAAAGAAUUACUUUUUGAAUGUUGAAGCACUUGUAAAAAUAAAUCCGUGAGCAAAAUCCUUUUAAACACAGAAAUCCUGAGUUCAUCAUGUGGGUGGGCUCAAGCAAUUCUGUAGCAAAUAAAUCCUUUGAAAGAGCUCCAAA